AUGAUCUACCCCAAGUCGUCGGUCUGGAAGAAAUCCUUGGUGCUUUUGGCUUUUUCAGCCACUCGAAGGGAUGCCGUGAUUGCCUUUCUGCAGACAACGGCUCUCACUUCGUCAACGACCAGCAGUCCGAUGGCCCCCUUGUCGGCGGCUGCCAACCUCGAUAUUCGAACGGCACCACUGAGUCAUCUGGUCCACUUGGAACAACAACAGGAUGAUGAUGAACAAGACAAUUAUCAUUUAGUUUCUCCGACAAAUGAUGAAUUGCCAUUGGAACCGGGACAACGACUGGUCUGUAUUGGAGAUGUUCAUGGAGAUUUCAAAGCAUUGGAAGAAUUCUUGACCAUUGGAGGUGUCUACGAUGCCAACGCAUCGCACAACAAUCAAUGGAUAGGUGGCAAUACCAUUUUGGUUCAGUGUGGAGAUGUCUUGGAUCGAGGCGACCAGGAACUCCUCUGUUUCAACCUACUGACACGAUUGUCCCAACAAGCGGCCACACAAGGAGGACACGUCGUCUUGUUGUGGGGCAACCACGAAGCCAUGAAUGCCGGC